UGUUAGUUCUGCGUUUGCUCUUUACACCUUAAAUCAAUGGAUAAAACACUUGUUCUACAUUCUGAAAAAGCGGUGGACGUUUCUACUUCUUCCAGCUUCCGUCACUUUAAAAUAGAACACUUUCAUCUCGAUAUAAAUGUCGAUUUUGAAAAGAAAUGCAUAUCGGGAAGUGAAAGGCUGCGAAUGAGGUGUGUUCAAGAUCUCCAGAGUGAGCUGUACUUUGACGUUCAUCCGACUCUGAUACUGCAAGACGUCUCGUUUAGUCGUGAUGGACAGAAGUGGACAAAGCUCGAGUUUCUCACUCAGGAUUUCACACAUUUCGGCACCACGUUGGUUGUAAAAUUUCCAUCCGCUUGGAAAUUAGAGGAGAAAUUUGAACUCUCCAUCCAGUAUGCAGCUUUUGAUGGACCAGGGGUCUGCUGGCUGGACCAAGAACAGACUGCAGGGAAACUCAAGCCGUACGUCUUUACCCAGGGUCAAGCCGCGCUCAACCGCUCGUUCUUUCCUUGUUUCGACACUCCAGCGGUUAAGAGUACCUACUCUGCAGCAGUAAAGGUACCCAAUGGCUUCACAGCGGUUAUGAGUGCCAACAAGUGGGAACACAGAAAAACAGACAACACCUUUUUGUUCAACAUGGAUCAGCCAAUUCCUGUCUACCUGGUGGCACUGGCUGUUGGAGACUUGGCUUCUGCCAAGGUUGGCCCAAGAUCUCGAGUGUGGACCGAGCCUUGCUUGUUAGAAGCUGCAAAGAAGGAGUUUGACGGUGUGAUUGAGGAAUUUCUGCUAGUAGGAGAGAAACUCUUUGGACCUUACAUUUGGGGAAGGUAUGACCUGCUGUUCAUGCCCCCAGCCUUCCCAUUUGGGGGAAUGGAGAACCCCUGCCUGACCUUCGUUACUCCAUGUUUGUUGGCGGGAGAUCGUUCCCUUGCUGAUGUGAUCAUCCAUGAGAUCUGCCACAGCUGGUUUGGGAACCUGGUCACCAAUGCCAACUGGGGUGACUUUUGGCUCAAUGAGGGCUUCACUAUGUAUGCCCAACGCCGUAUCAGCAGAGAGUUAUAUGGGGAGGCAUACACCUGUCUAGAGGCGGAAACAGGUAGAGCUUUGCUGAGACAACAUAUGGACAACAUUGGUGAAGACCAUCCUCUUAACAAACUACGUGUCAAGAUUGAACCAGGUGUUGAUCCCGAUGACACGUACAACGAAACCCCCUAUGAAAAAGGCUUUUGCUUUGUGUCCUACCUGGCCCAUCUUACAGGAGACCAAACCCGCUUUGACCAUUUCCUUAAGGCGUAUGUGGACAAGUUUAAGUUUUGCAGUGUGGUUGUCGAGGAUACUUUGGAGUUCUACCUGGAUUAUUUCCCUGACCUAAAGGAAAAAGGUGUCCACAAGAUUGAAGGUUUGGAGUUUGACACUUGGCUCAAUGUUUCUGGUUGGCCCCCAUACCUCCCUGAUCUCUCUGCUGGCCAGACACUGACAAAACCAGCUGAUCAUCUUGCCAAGCUGUGGGAAAAUGAAAACGUAGAUCUUACAACCAUCAGCAAGACUGACAUCCAUUCAUGGAAGACCUAUCAAACUGUCUACUUUUUGGACAAGAUUCUAAAGACAUCUCCACUCCCAGAGGGUAACAUUAAAAUGAUGGAAGAGCAGUACCCACACAUUGUAAAAUCCAACAACGCUGAAUUAAGACUACGUUGGGCUCAAAUUGUUGCAAAGAACCAGCAUAAACCUGGAUACGAACACGUCCGCAGUUUCCUCAGCUGCCAGGGAAAACAGAAGUACACAUUACCUGUGUACAGAGCCUUGUGGAAUGCCACAGAGGAGACGAAGGCUCUGGCCUUAGAGAUGUUUUCUGCCACUUGCCAUCAGCUCCAUGUAAAUGUCCAAAAUUAUGUAAAAAAGCUGCUGGUUUGAAGCUUAAAAGAAAAGAAGAACAAAGGGGAAAAAAGGGAAAAUUUUGUCUAAUUUUGGUGUAAUUUGUUUGGUUAAAGGAAUCUUAAUGUCUUAUUUUGUUUUAAUUCUGGAAAGCUUUUAAUCCAUGCAGUAAAUUUGAGUGUCUUCUUUUCAGUGACUCACAGCUCGCUCACAACAUAUUUUCUUUUAAUUAAAGAAAAGUAAAGGGUUACUUUUUAACUUUCUGUAUCUGUCAAUACAGAACACUUAGAUAACUUUGACUAGAUUAAAAAGCAAAUUUAAAAAUGUAUAUGCUAUUAAAAUUACACUGCAUUGAA